ACCCCGGGCGGUUUUACUUCUCAGAUAGGCUUCUCACAACAGGUGGCUGGUUUGCACCGGGGCCUCUUGGAUUUCCCUUUCAAAAAUGGAGAAGAGAGAUCACAGCCACUGAAGGGGGGACCAUGAGAGGUGCAAAGGCAGGCACGCAUGAUGGUGGGGCACAGCGGUGGGGAACUCAGUGCCGACUUCCCUGCUGGGCUGCUAGAUUUCCUGGAUGCGGCUCCUUAUGAAACAGCUCCUCCAUGGCAAGGGACAGCUGGUAAGAGUGACUGAAUCCAUCUGAUGGCUGAGAUCAAGAACGCGCAAACAACUUGUUAGCCAUCUGACUAUAUAACCAGAGUUCUAAUUACACCAGCGCAGUAGAUGGGAUGCACGGUUAUGAAAUUCAGCUGAGGGGAACAAAACACACACACCCCAACAUGUGGGUCAGCAGAUUCUAAGGUCCUAACCCUCAGUUAACCUUUCUGAACUGGUUCUUCCCAUCAAAGGGAUUGGCCAAGGAGUGUGAGGUGAAGAUCCUAAUGUGUGAAAAAUGAAGUCCCAGGAAACGAUGCUUUGCUGUUUAAUGUUAUUCCUGGCCACGGAAUGUUCUCACUAUAGAUCCAAGGUGCGCAUCAAAGAUGGAGAUAAACAUCAACAUCCUGAAGGGAAACUCAAGACUGGAACGAUACAAGAGAAAUGCCGUGGACCUUGCCUCACUGCUUCCAACUGCAGCCAGCCUUGUGCUCAGCACUUUCGCGGAGAAAUAGGAUUUACAUGUCAUCAAAACAAGUGGCAAAAGUCAACUGAAACGUGUACAAGCUUAUCUGUGGAAACAUUCUUUAAGGACUUCAAUAGUGCAUUACGCCUUUCCGUAGCCGCAGCAUCUGUCCCUCUGUAUGUUCUUGACUUCCGAGCUCCAGAGCCCCUGGAGAGUGUAGCCCAAGGAAUCCGCAGGAACUGUCCAGUUGAUUACGCCUGCAUAAUUGAUGUUGUGAAAUCGUCAGAAGCCACGUCUGGAAACAUUGCAUUUAUAGUGGAGUUAUUAAGAAAUAUUUCUACGGAUUUGUCCGACAAUGUUACCCCAGAGAAGAUGAAGAGUUAUAGUGAAGUGGCCAACCACAUCCUCGAUACAGCAGCCAUUUCAAAUUGGGCUUUCAUUCCAGACAAAAAUACCAGCUCGGAUUUUUUGCAGUCAAUGAAUCUGUUUGCAAGGCAACUCCACAUCCACGAGGAUUCUGAGAACAUUGCAGAUGAACUCUUCAUUCAGACAAAGGGGUUUCACAUCAACAAUGAUACCUCAGAGAAAAAGUUCAACUUCUCCACGAGCAUGAACAAUGUGACAGAGGGUAUCAUAGGAAUGAUAGAAAUUCCCAGGCAAGAGCUGUGGAAGUUGCCACCAAAUGCAUCCCAAGCCAUUAGCAUAGCUUUUCCCACCUUGGGGGCCAUACUGAGAGAAGUCCACCUGCCGAAUGUGAGUCUUCCUAGACCUGUAAAUGGUCUCGUCCUUUCAGUGAUUUUACCAGAAAGAUUGAAGCAAGUCUUACUCACCUUCGAGAAGAUCAAUAAAUCCCAGAAUGCCCGGGCCCAGUGUGUUGGCUGGCACUCCAGGAAAAGGAGGUGGGACGAAAAUGUGUGUGAAACCACGCUGGAGAUCAUGAACAAAGUAAAAUGCCAGUGUAACUACACUGGCAUGGUGAUGUCCUUUUCCAUUCUGAUGUCCCCCAAAUCUGUUGACAGCAAAGUCCUGGACUACAUCACCUGCAUUGGGCUCAGCAUCUCCAUCUUUAGCUUGAUUCUUUGCCUGAUCAUUGAAGCCGCUGUGUGGUCCCGGGUGGUUGUGACAGAGAUAUCCUACAUGCGUCACGUGUGCAUCGUCAACAUAGCCGUGUCGCUCCUGAUUGCUAACGUGUGGUUCAUCAUAAACUCUAACUUUCACAAAAAGGCCCAGGACUCCAACUGGUGUGUUGCACUGACAUUUUUCAGCCACCUUUUCUACCUCUCUCUGUUUUUCUGGAUGUUCUUCAAAGCACUGCUUAUCGUCUAUGGGAUAUUGGUUGUUUUCCGUAGGAUGAUGAAGUCCCGCAUGAUGGCCAUCGGCUUUGCCAUUGGCUACGGGUGCCCGUUGGUCAUUGCUGGCACCACAGUUGCUAUCACAGUCCCGGAGAAAGGCUACAUGAGACCCGACGCCUGCUGGCUUAACUGGGACAACACCAAAGCCCUUUUGGCAUUUGCCAUCCCAGCCUUGGUCAUUGUGGCCGUGAACCUUGUGGUGGUUUUGGUUGUUGCUGUCAACACUCAGAGGCCCUCUAUUGGCAGUUCCAAGGCUCAGGAUCUGGCCAUAAUUAUGAGGAUCAGCAAAAAUGUUGCCAUCCUUACCCCAUUGCUGGGACUGACCUGGGGUUUUGGAAUAGCCACACUUAUAGAAGGCACUUCCUUGAUAUUCCAUAUAAUCUUUGCCCUGCUCAAUGCUUUCCAGGGAUUCUUCAUCUUGCUGUUUGGAACCAUCAUGGACCACAAGAUAAGAGAUGCUUUGCGGAUGAGGAUGUCUUCACUGAAGGGGAGAUCAAGGGCGGUAGAGAAUGCAUCAUUAAGCCCAACCAAUGGAUCUAAAUUAAUGAAUCGGUGAAAAUGACAGUGUUAUUCCAGGGUCACCAGGAAGUCUCUUCGGUUCCUGUAAAAUCUCUUCCACAUAUUUGUUUAUGCCUGAAUUCACCUCAAAGGAUGCAGAACUCUUCAUUCCGCAGUGGGAAAUGAGACUGACUGAACAAAUACCCGGAGGAAAGCAACAGCGUUUUCUGUGUUAAGUUGUCCAUUCAGAGUAGCAGCCAUUCCAGAGACCAAGCUUAGAUAGCUGGAGAGGAAGAAAGGGCACCGAGCCCCAAGUUUAGGGCUAAGGGAGCAGCAAGGAGAAGACAGAGGGUGCAGAAAAAAUGAAGCUUGGUGGGGGUGGGGGGUAGGGGGGAGGAACAGCCUCCCUACUGUGUGACUUUGAGGAGAUUGUCUGGGCCUCGGUGCAUAUCCUCCUCUGUAAAAUGAGGCUAAUAAUAACACAUACCUCCCAGGAUGGUUUCAGGACUCAAUGAGCUAACAUAUUAAGGACUCAGAAUAACUCCUGAUUCGAAUGAGCAGUAAUUGCCUGUUGUUCUUCCUGUUAACACGAGUUUUGACCAUUUUGCCUAGGCCGCUCCAUUCCUCAUGGACGUUCCCUGUCUUGGACUGAGAGUUGAGGUCUGGGAGAGGGAGACUGGAAUGCAGGGACAACCCGUGCUUCCCCGGAAGACUUUCUCUUCUUGCCAGGCGUGACAGUUAAGCUGUCAGGGUGAAAAUGUUUGCUGAGGAAAAAGAAUACCGUUUGGUGACGGGGCUUCAAGGAGGUAGGACCACUGACUCUGCCCAUGACUUGCAAGGGCCCGGCUUCUUGAUCAGCCUUGGCAAGAUUAAGUCAAAGAGCCAUUUUCUGACCUGCUGGACACGCCUGGGGCUCUACUGGACAUUGUGUGCUUUCACUCCCAAGGCCUGCUCUGUGGCUCCAUAGGCCCUGUCAUUGUCACUCUGGAGGGAUCCUGGG